CCUGGACCCACUGUGCGUGACGAGCAGCGGCCACAUGCAGCCCUCCAAUAAGGCGUUUCUGUUCAACCUUCGCAAACGAAGCUGGCGCAAGCUGGCCGAUAUGCACUGCGAGCGCGCCUACCAUGCCGCCGUCGGAUGGUCCGACCGUAUGAUCGUCUUCGGUGGCAUGGACACUGCUCGAAGAACUCUGCCCAGUGCGGAGGUUUAUUCCACCAAGGCGGACCAGUGGACGCUCGUUCACCCGAUGCCCGUGGGACUCAUGGGCAUGGCGGCCGUCACGCUCGACAACCGCAUCUGGAUCUUGGGAGGUGUUACUCGCGACUACAACGGCUCCAACCUUCAGGACUCAACCUACGUCUUCGACCCUCGAACGGACACCUGGGUCACUCACUCGCCCAUGCCGAGGAAGAGGGCCUUCUGCUCAGCCGUGCCCUUGCAGCGCGACAUCUGGCUGGUGGGUGGCAUUGUAGACAUACGGCCGUUAGAGUGCACCAACCGCAUCGACGUGCUCCGAGUGGCACAGGGCAGCUGGGAGCGAUGCGCCUCCUUGCCCGGCCCCAUGCACUCCGUUCGAGUCGUCAAAACAGGUUAUGAGGUGUACCUGGUGGGCGGCCAGGACGAGAUGAACAACCCGACCGAGGACGUGAUCGUUUUCGACCGCAUACAGCUCAGCUUCAUCAGGUGCACCAAGACGCCCAAGGCCCUUGCCGGAUUCGCUGCCGUGGUGCUGCCUCAGGACUGUACGGUUCUGAAGAGCUGUCCGUGGCCUGGAAGCACAGCGACUCCACAAGAGCGUUGUUACGCUGCCACAGUCAUCCAGAGGGCGUAUCGACAGUACCGAAACGGCACCCUACAGUACUACAUCAAAAACAUGCGGUACGGCCCUUCGAAAGUUGUCGCCUCUCGACAAACCUCAAUGCCUCAUUGGCCGCACACAUGCCCGAGGGACCUAGCACCGGUGUGCAUCGAGAAGUGGCCGCCCAGUAAGCCUUCAGCAACCACCCUGAACGCCUACUGCGGUGCCGGCGAACCUGGAGAGAGAAAGUACGCGCACUACACAACGCUGCGCGCAGACAUGGACCCGAACCUUGGGAUGCUCCUGCACAUGGGCAGCUCCUUCCUGAAAACGAAGAGUGCCUUAGGACUACGCAUGACGCCCGCGUGGAUGUCGGCCAGACUGCGCAUGCUAGAACAGACACAGCAGCCGUGCGACCCACGCUUCCCGGUGAUCUUGGUUGUGGGCGGACUGGACCCCCGAAACCCGAUGGGCUCAGGUUCGGCUGUCCUGAAAUACCAUCCGUUUAAGGAUCGGUGGACGCUGGUGAACGCCAUGCCAGAGCCUCGAAACUACCACGCAGCUGCUUACGUUAACGACGUCAUCUUUGUUACGGCAGGUGGCUACUCAACAUUCAACAGGAAAAGUGGCGAAAUGGUCGCAACAAAAACGACGUUCGUCAUGAGCACUGAAACUGGCAAUUGGGAAAGAUUACCGGACAUGUGGGAUGAAAGGGCGUGCCAUGCAUCGAUUGCCACAGAAGACAGUGUCAUUGUUUUUGGUGGAAGAGGACAUCAUGGAAGACUACUUUCUUCCGUUGAAGAGUAUGACUUGAAGAAGAAUGAAUGGAAGCAGCUAAACUCAAUGCCAGAGCCGAGAAUGGGCAUGGCUGCAGUGGUCAAGGAGGGACGCAUAUGGCUUUUAGGAGGAAUGUCUGAGAGGCCCAAUAGCCCUGCUGUAUCUGAAGUUCUUCUGUACUCACUACAGCAUGACAGCUGGGCUCAAGGUAUACCACUCAGGCUACCUCGAGCCUUUUCAUCUGCAACUCUCAUCAAUGGCAAAAUCUGGCUCUGUGGAGGCUGCAGAACAGCUGAUGUUGAAGAGGAGCACCCCGUAAGCAUGAACUCUAUUGAUGUCGGCUCCAAGCACUCAGAAUGGAAAAAAACCUGCAAGCUUGCAGUGGCCAGGCAUGGUGCUUCUACUGCAACCAUAGGUUCAUGCAUAUUCAUCAUGGGCGGCAUCAACAGCCAAGAAUGGGGUGUACUCUCCAAGAACACGUUGAUUGUUACUGACCGAAAUGCUAUAUUAUCACCGAACCCAAUGCCUCAAGCAGUUGCUGGACACACUGCUGUCACUGUGUUGCCUUCUGCUAGUCAGCAUCCAAUUUCGAGCAUCAAGUGGAGCAACGCCAUAUUUGAAAGGCUUACAUAAUGCCUGCUUGUAGCCAAAAAAAAAAACCUUUCUUGCAAAACAUUUUGCAUUCAGAUGGCAACCUUAGAAUGUUGAGUGUUCAGAGUUCAGUCUCAUAAAAACAAACCUGUGGGCAGCA